UGAGUGUAAAAUCUCGAAGUUGAGAAGGAAGGAUCAGUUUAACCGUAGAGCUUACGGCAGGAACACUAGACACAAUUGUUGAUAACAUUCCAAACGCAAAGUAAUUGAAACCUGCAUUUACAAUGUAGGGGGACAUCAUUCAAAGAAGUAGAUUAGUGACAAAUAAAAAUAAAAAUGAGAAAUAAACACAUCAGGCAAGAGCUAGUUUUCCCACUGUGAAAAUAGAAGACAAAAACACAGGAUGGGUCUAGGGUACUCAUCUGAGUUCUGGAUAAACGGAGUCCUUCUCUCUUCUGUUGUUACCAUGGGGAUUACAGGAAAUCUAUCCUGUAACCUGGUUCUCCUGAGUAAAAAGCUGAGACUAAAUCAAACCUUCCUUAGUUUGUUGAGAUGGUUGGCUGUUAUAGAUUCAAUAUUUCUGGGCUUCGUGUUUCUCACAUUCUGUCUCCCUCAGCUGUCGGAGUAUUACAGAACAUGGCUGUACCCGUACAUGAUGCCUACACUACUCCCUCUAACCUCAAUAUUUCUAAAUGUGAGCAUCUACUGUGUCAUCUCACUAGCUGUAGAAAGAUAUCUAAGUGUGUGUAGGCCACAACACAUGGACAAGGGAUCGUUUGGUGGAUAUAUUCUACCGAUUUUUGCUUUCUCAGUAUUCUUCAAUCUACCAAAAUUCUUUGAACUAAAGAUAGACUUCGUCAAGGAGAAAAACGAUGACAGUUUCUCUAUACCCUACGUUCUACCAACCCUACUCAGGAAGUCCCCUGAAUACAGCUACUACACUAUCGGAGCAGUUUUCAUAUUUCUUGGUUUGAUCCCGCUGUGUUCAGUGUCUGUACUCAACUAUCUAGUGGUGAGAAGAAUGAAGAAACUUGGGGGAGAUGAUUCACAUCUUGCAACCUUCAGGGAUAGAACGAGUACGUAUCUGCUGUCUGGUGUUGUUAUCAUCAUGAUUAUCUGUCAUCUGCCCAGGAACAUUCUCAAUGUGUACGAAAUGUAUUUGGCUGCGACCUCUGCAGAACUGAACUUCCCUCAUCCCUGGCUGGUUGAUCUCUCUCAUAUCACGUUGGCUCUUUGCUCUUCUCUAAACAUCUUUAUAUUUUCAUGUCAGGAUAAGAUAUUCAGAGAAAUUCUGCUGGGAAAAAUAUUCUUUUGUCAGAAAAAAGGAGAGAACUGGCAAAACACCUCUCUAGAUAUAAACUUUAAUUCCCAAGGUGUAGUGACUGGAACAGCUGUUGAAGCUAAUGAAAUAGUGGAACUGUUGGCCUAAACAAACUAACUCAUCUUACGGAGUUAAAAACUAAAAUAUCAGCAAAACCUUUAAUCUAUAUCUAGUUCAAAGCAUUAAGUUAUAUCAUUUUGAAUCAGGGGUGUACAUUUUUGAAGAUUUGGGGAAAAAAAAUUGGACAUCAAAAGGCAACUUUUUUCAUUCUUUUUUCUUUUUGAACAAAAAUGCAUUGAUUUCCCUCUAAAAAUCAUUUUUGUCCAAUCCAGCAAAUAAAAAUUAUUUUCGAAGGGGAGAAAAAUGAUUAUUUGACGAAAUAUACACACUUGCUGAAUAUCUCUAAAGUACAAUGAAAUAUGUAUCAAGUUAAUAGGAAUCCGUUUCUCACUAUUUUAAGUUCCUUCCAAUUAAAAGUGUUUGUUGUUGGUUUCAAGUUUAGGCGUCAUCUUAAAAAAUUUACCGCAUUAUGCUGUUUUCUGCUUAUUUUUGGCGAAUCUUUUUAAUACAAAUUGAGAAAAAAAGUUUUAUUUCAAUUUUUACAGUUUCAAACUGCACGAGCAUCAUUUGCUGUCAUCCCCCCCCCAUAUUUAUUUUCCAUCAUUUUUAUCUAAAAUAAGCAAUUGUUUGUUAACGAUUUGGAAAUCGUUCAUCAACCAAUAUCUUCUGCCAGAGUAGAAAUAUUUUUCAAUGUAAAAUAAAACCUUUUAAUAUUUUUAACUUUUAAGACUAUUAAGGCACCGCUUGAAAGAAAAGGGGUUCCUUUACAUAUUUAUGAUCUCAGGUUAAACAAACGGCUCCAGGCCCGUAACCAGGAUUUUUUCCUGGGGGGGUGGGGUGCAAAGAAGCGAGCCGCCGGCGAAUUCUUUUUUUUUGGUUUUUUAAAAAGCAAUGCUUGGUUUGUUUUUACGGUGGUAUAUUUCUUUACAUUGUCAAUGUACGCUAUAAAGACUAACAUUUUUAUUUAAGCUUUUAAGGGUUACAUUUUAGUGUCUGAAACUUUUCAGUUUACAUAUACAAUAUAAAUAAAAAAUAAAUGAAUGGUACUUUAGCUUAAGGAAAAAAAUCAUUAUUUAAAAUCAAGGCUUCUUGUCCCUCGGCCUCAUCAUGAUAUAAUGAAGAUGAAUAAAAAAUAAAAUUUCUAAUAUUUUGUUUAAAAGAGUUUAUUUAUUGACAUUGAGACAUUGAGACAUUCUUAGUAAAUUUUUGAGUACACAAAAAAAACCUUCUACUUUGACUAAAAAUGACAAAUAUCCUUGCUUAAAAUAAUGUUUUUGAAACUCCCAAAAAUGGCUAUUAUAUUCCAAAAUAAAUGAAUGAAUUUUUUCCUUUAAACCCACUGUUUACACUUUAAAGGAUGUUUUACUUUGUAUAAGUUCUUGAUUUCAAAGAUGUCAAGUUUGACAUCUCUAGAUUUUAGAAAAUCAUGAGAAACAAUUUCUUUUAUAUGGGACUGGGGGGGGGGGGGCAAAUUCGUCAUUGCACCCCCCCUUCAGAAAAAAGGGUGUUGCACCUGCCCCCCCCCCCUGGUUACGGGCCUGAACCACUCUAUGUUAAGUUGUGAUUACAAUGUUUGUAAACAAAACAAACAAUACAGGGUGAAGAACAAAGGAUGAGACGACUGUACGGAUCUUCUUCAAUCAUUUAAUUUAUGUUUAAGGCAGAAUUGACAAAAUCCAGUCUGCAGGUUGUCAAAUUUGAAUAUUUUUGGGUCUUAAAAUCUCAUCCUUUAUGCGUAAUUAUGUGAUGACCAUAAAUGUAUUUUGCACACCAUACAAAUCUUGCUCUGAAUAAAAUCCUAAUUAAAUCAAGAGAAUGAAAUGGAAAAAAAUUCAAUUUUUAAUUGUAAAUAAGUAAAAUUCAGGUUUAGUUAAAUUUUAAUUUAUCUCAAUUCAGAAAGUGUUUAUUGUUGAACAUUCUAUAUUGUAUUCUUACACAAACACCGUAGUUUUGUUAAACAAACUUUUAUUCAAAUUUUUGAGUAAAAAAGUUAAAUAUCUAAAUUGGAAAAAAGACAAUCAAAAUUAUCAAAGUACUAAUUAUACGCGCGCGACUAAGAAAAGAUGGUAUUGACAGUUGUAUGGUAUAUUAAUUUUAUCUUGGUGAAAAAUACCAAAAUGUUAAAAUUGUAAAAAUGUUUUGAAAUAUUUCAUGAAAAUUUUGUCGUAAAUUUGACCUCCUCCCCCUUCCCCUUUCUGUUUCAGUUAAUCAAUUCAAAGAUUUGAAUCCCUCUCACACCUUCUCAAAAGUUUGUUAAAAUUAGUUUUUCUCAACUCUUUCUUGUGAUUAUUGUUGUCAAUUUUGUGAUAAUUUGAACUUUUCAAAUCUUGUUGUGAUAAAUUUGUUGUGCAUUCGGCGAGUGGUAUAUGUACAUUGUAAUACUGUACAGAGACACUGCACAUAGACAUUGUACACAGUACACUGUAAUACUGUACAAAGACACUGUACAGUGUAAUAUUGUCCAUAUUCUUUCCCUUAAUUAGAUUUCAUGUAUAGUUACACUUUACAUAAUAACACACUUUCUAUAAAUUAAUUUCUAAUUACAUUUUCAAACUUCCUGAAGUUAAAUUUGUGUUAAGUAGCAUUUCGAUAUUCCAUUUUGAUUUCAUUUCCACUUUCUGUAAAAAUCGUUCAGAAGCUUAAUCAUAUACCCCGUGACGCUUGACCAUCUCGUCCGCAGCGCUCGGCCCAGAAAUAAACGUAACCCGACCUAUUUAACUCAAAAUAAAUUGAGAUAUUUUAGUAUAUCUUUUUAAGACACUAGCUGAAGUGCCCGGCGUUGCCCGUGGAAUUAUAAAAACAUAUUGAAGAAAAAUUCGAAUUUUAAACAAAAAUAAAUAUUUUUAUAUUUUUUAGCCCAUGUUAGCCCUGGGUUUCGCCAAUUUGGUCUAGCCGUUUGGCCGGCUAUAGCUAGCAAAUAUAAAUAUAUGAGCGAAGAGCUUUCUCAAAUGGAUGUGUAAAUAUAAAGUGUAAUUUUAUAAAGUGUAUCUACAUGAAAUGUAAAUAAUGUCUUGUAAUUGCGUACAUUUUGUUAAAUGACGCAAUGGCAUCUUAUUUUUUCUUCUUCUCUAUUUGUAAAUCUCAAUGUGUCAAAAUAUCAUAUCAUAUUUAAAGCAGAAAUAAAUAUCUAAGAAAUA